GCUCAUUUCCAUUUAACACCCGCCAUUUCUUUUUAGCUUAAACUAAAACAAAUGUCGCAAUAAGUAAGACAUAUAUUAAUGUUAACAUUUAUGCCGUAUGUUUUAAUAGCUAAUAGGUUAGUAUGUUGUAAAAAAGGAUAACAUGAAGUCUGUAAAGCAAUGCAAUAAUUCACGUAAUACUUUUAUAGAGCUGAUGACUUUAUAUAAUCUUAGAUAAAUUUGUAUAAUACAUUUCCGCAAUUAGACGUAACGGUGAUAAAAUAAUUUAACAAAGUAGAAGAUAUUGCUUAAAGUUUUAUUUAAUUCUGAAAAUAUAAAAAUUAACACGAUAAUUCUGAAUAUGACCGGGGAGUGUGUAAAAGGAAAUCAGUAAGAGCUGAGUAAAACCGGAUCCUGAAUGUAUUUCAUUUUGUCGCAGUAGGGACGAGUUUCCAAGACGGACCGAUUGAGCAAAAAACUUCAGCGGCAGGUUCUGUUGGUGCCGUGCGGUUCGGUUCGGCUCUUUUAGAGGCAAUUCAGCAGAGUUAAUGGUAACAUAGAAUGACCACAAGCUGCCUUCCUGUGUGACAGGCUAAAUCCAGUCCGGAAAAUGUCGCGACGGCGCCGUUUCUCGGCGUCGGAUCGCUCUGAAUACUUACAGGCGCUGGUCACCGAGUUCCAGGACACCGAUAGUGAAGAAGCCAGAGAACAGGUUCUAGCGAACCUGGCCAAUUUCUCAUAUGAUCCAAGGAAUGUGGAGGAUCUCAAGAGGCUGCAAGUGACCGAACUUUUUCUGGACAUGUUGACGGAGGAGAGCGACAACCUGGUGGAGUUUGGCAUUGGAGGCUUGUGCAACCUCAGUGCGGACCGCGACUGUUGUGACCAGAUCGUGCAGAGCGGGGGCGUGGAGCUGGUGACGGGCUGCCUGUCUAGUCGGCGUGAAGAGACUGUGCUGUCGGCCAUUGGCACGCUGAUGAACCUGGCUGUCACCGAUACGCGCCCACUCGCCUCCUGCGACGCGGUGCUGCAGUGCAUGCUGCGCUUCUCGCUUUCCCGGAGCCCUCGAUUGCGAAAUUUGGCCAUCGUCUUCCUGAUGGACUGCUGCACUCAAGAGCAGGUGGAACAGGCGAAGCAGCAGCUGCAGGGCCACACCCAGACCGCGCUGGGGAUCCCAUUACCCGAGGCGUCAGACAGCGGAUCGUGAUCGCUUCCGAUUAGAUCGAAGCGUCGACGGUGCCCCUUCUCCCCUUAACUCUAUGCAUUGGCUAACAGUUGGAUAUACAGACCUAUCAGGAUGGAAUGUGGGGGAAAAACUGCAGGACCAAUAGAGGAUUUGAUGAAACAAUGACAUUUGUAUGCGUUGAAAAACAAGGACAGACUGACAGAAGUGAAACCCUCUUAGAAAAAUGUAUCGGCGACGUACCGAUUUAAAACACAAUCGAUGUCAGCAUUGUCAUUUCUCUACUUAUAAUGAAUAUAGUCAAUGUGGUGUCAAUUAGUAAAAUGUAAUAACAUAACUGCAAUAUCUGAGCCCCAAGAAAUGUCCAGUGUGUUUGUUUACUCAGGUGAGCCAUUGAAUGGCUGCUACACCAUCCGGAUGUGCCACUAGGGGGAGCCCGUUCCUCUGGUCUCUGGCCACUGUAGCGCAUUGGAAUGGUAUCUGGGAAUGGACAGUCCUCGUAAAGUUUAUUGUUGUUGUCGUUGUUAGCAGCAUUAAAUUUGUGGUUUGGUUGUCAGGGUCCGAUGAUAUGUGGUGCUACAGUAUGUAAUAGUAACAUGUUAUUACGAACAGAGACCCUAAAUCAACAGAGCGUGCUCCACUCAGUCAGUGGAUACUUGCCAGUCAUAUCUGCCACUGAUGCCAAUAGACAUGAAUCAGGUCUAUAAAUCGUAUUUAAAAAAGUAUCACAGAAUUGUAUAUUUUCUCAGCCCUUUAAAAAUCCAAAUUGACUUACAUUCUUGUAAGUGAUGGACCUACUGGGGCAUAUACAGAAAUGUCCGGUGCUGUGAUUUGGACCCUUGCACAAAGAAUCAUAGUCCUUACAGCACUGCCGCUCCAAUGGUCUGCCAGGCUACCUGGGGCUGCAUUUCUUGCUCCACACCCCAGUCCCUCCCAGAUCUGGCCCAGCUGGGGUGGGACAUUUCCCAGUAGCCAUGUGCGCAGGUUGGGGAAAUUACAGCAAGGAGCUGGGCCCAUGAAGCAAGUUGUCACUGGUACCAGUGGUCAGUGACUGUGUUCUCAUGGUAAAAGCAGACAAACGCUGGACUGAAUAGCCCUGCUGUUAGGGUCAGCGUGGCUCCCCGGCGUCGCCCCUCCUGCUGGAGCAGCAUCUCCCUAGUUAAACCUUUUUUAUUGUCCCACUGCCGAUUUCAGCAAAGCAAGCAGAAGCAGAGAAAUGGUGAAAACCAGAACUCCCUGUGACCCCGAAGGAAUGGCUAUUCUGUAUCUAUUACAAGAUCACAGCCUAUUCAAGAGCUAAAUAAAGAGUGUAUAUAUAAAAACCA